AGCCUGCGUGCGGCUCUGCGCCUCGGCGGGGCUGCGUGCGUGUGUCCCUGUCCGCGCUGCUGAAACGGGCUCUUCGAGGGAUCGGCGUCACAUGACUCCGCCUGCCCCUAGCCAGCGCGCAGACCGCCCGUCCCUCAGUUUGCUGGGGGAGGGUCGGUCGACAUCUCCCGGGGCUCUGGGGCUCUGCGGAGAGGAGAAUAGGUUCCAGCAAGGAAUGGUCCUUCUAGGUUCAAGAAAUCCUAGCUCGGCGCCAGGUCCUGGAGUGUAAAUCUUGAGGGGGUUGGGGUGGGGGAAAGAGAGGGAGCGAUCCAGCGAGUGCCAGAGAGAGGCAGCGCUGCGCGCACCGACGAGGGGCUGCCGGGUGCCGCGCGAAGAAGAUGUAAGCGCGUGGGGUUUCGCUGGCCUCCGAGCACCAUGCAGAAAGGGAUCCGGCUGAACGAUGGCCACGUCGCGUCCCUGGGACUGCUGGCGCGCAAGGACGGCACACGCAAAGGCUACCUGAGCAAGCGGAGUUCGGACAACACAAAAUGGCAAACCAAGUGGUUCGCGCUGCUGCAGAAUCUGCUCUUCUACUUCGAAAGCGACUCAAGCUCUCGGCCCUCGGGGCUCUACCUGCUGGAGGGCUGCGUCUGCGACCGCGCGCCCUCCCCCAAGCCCGCGGUCUCUGCUAAGGAGCCGGCGGAGAAACAGCAUUACUUCACAGUGAACUUCACCCAUGAAAACCAGAAGGCACUGGAGCUGAGGACUGAGGAUGCAAAGGACUGUGACGAGUGGGUGGCAGCAAUCGCUCACGCCAGCUACAGGACACUGGCCACGGAACAUGAGGCGCUCAUGCAGAAGUACCUGCACCUGCUGCAGAUAGUAGAGACAGAGAAGACGGUGGCCAAGCAGCUGCGACAGCAGAUCGAGGACGGCCAGAUCGAAAUCGAGCGACUGAAGGCAGAGAUUGCAUCCCUGCUCAAGAACAAAGAACGCAUCCAGUCCACCCAGAUUGUCACCCCCAAUGACGAGGACAGUGACAUCAAGAAAAUUAAGAAGGUACAGAGCUUCCUUCGGGGCUGGCUGUGCCGGCGGAAGUGGAAGACCGUUAUCCAGGACUACAUCCGGUCUCCCCACGCCGACAGCAUGCGCAAGAGGAACCAGGUGGUGUUCAGUAUGCUGGAAGCCGAGGCCGAGUACGUGCAGCAACUGCACAUCCUUGUCAAUAAUUUCCUGCGCCCACUACGCAUGGCGGCCAGCUCCAAGAAGCCUCCCAUCACACACGAUGAUGUCAGCAGCAUCUUCCUGAACAGUGAGACCAUCAUGUUCCUACAUCAGAUCUUCUACCAAGGCCUGAAGGCCCGCAUCUCCAGCUGGCCCACCCUGGUGCUGGCCGACCUGUUCGACAUCCUGCUGCCCAUGCUCAACAUCUACCAGGAGUUCGUCCGCAACCACCAGUACAGCCUCCAGAUUCUAGCGCACUGCAAGCAGAACCGGGACUUUGACAAGCUUCUCAAGCAAUACGAGGCCAAGCCGGACUGCGAAGAGCGCACGCUGGAGACCUUCCUCACCUACCCUAUGUUCCAGAUCCCUAGGUACAUCUUGACACUCCACGAGCUGCUGGCCCACACACCUCAUGAGCACGUGGAGCGCAACAGCCUGGACUAUGCCAAAUCCAAACUAGAGGAACUUUCCAGGAUCAUGCACGAUGAAGUCAGCGAGACAGAGAACAUCCGGAAGAACCUGGCCAUCGAGCGCAUGAUCAUCGAGGGCUGUGAGAUCCUCCUUGAUACCAGCCAGACCUUCGUGCGGCAAGGUUCCCUCAUCCAGGUGCCCAUGUCAGAAAAGGGCAAGAUCACCAGGGGGCGUCUGGGAUCUCUGUCCCUGAAGAAAGAGGGUGAGCGGCAGUGCUUCCUGUUCUCCAAGCACCUCAUCAUCUGCACCAGAGGCUCUGGAGGGAAACUGCACCUGACCAAGAAUGGAGUCAUAUCGCUCAUCGAUUGCACCUUAAUGGAGGAACCAGAAAACGCAGAGGAGGAAGCCAAAGGAACUGCCCCGGACAUAGACCACUUGGAUUUUAAGAUCGGGGUGGAGCCAAAGGAUUCCCCACCCUUCACAGUCAUCCUGGUGGCCUCAUCCAGGCAGGAGAAGGCAGCGUGGACCAGUGACAUCAGCCAGUGUGUGGAUAAUAUCCGGUGCAAUGGACUCAUGAUGAAUGCAUUUGAAGAAAACUCCAAGGUCACCGUGCCGCAGAUGAUCAAGUCCGAUGCCUCCUUAUAUUGUGAUGAUGUUGACAUCCGCUUCAGCAAAACCAUGAAUUCCUGCAAAGUGCUGCAGAUCCGGUACGCCAGUGUGGAGCGGCUGCUGGAGCGGCUGACAGACCUGCGCUUCCUGAGUAUCGACUUCCUCAACACCUUCCUGCAUUCCUACCGCGUCUUCACCACUGCUGUGGUGGUCCUAGACAAGCUAAUCACCAUCUACAAGAAACCCAUCAGUGCCAUCCCUGCCAGGUCACUGGAGCUCCUGUUUGCCAGUGGCCAGAAUAACAAGCUUCUGUACGGAGAGCCCCCCAAGUCACCUCGUGCCACACGCAAGUUCUCCUCACCACCACCCUUGUCUAUCAAUACAUCAUCCCCAAGCCGCCGACGGAAGCUGUCCCUCAACAUUCCCAUCAUCACAGGCGGCAAGGCACUGGACCUGGCAGCACUCAGCUGCAGCUCCAAUGGCUUCACCAGCAUGCACUCACCCAUGUCUCCCUUCAGCAAGUCCACACUGGACUUCAGCAAGUCCAUGCUGGACACCAGCAAGUCCACGCUGGACACCAGCAAGUCCACAAUGGACUUCAGCAAGUCCGCACUGGAUAUCAGCAAGUCCGCGCUGGACUUCAGCAAGUCCACGCUGGAUAUCAGCAAGUCCACGCUGGACACCAGUAAGUCCAUGAUGGACUUUAGCAAGUCCACAUUGGAUAUCAGCAAGUCCACACUGGACUUCAGCAAGUCCACUCUGGACAUCAGCAAAUCCACACUGGACAUCAGCAAGUCCACGUUGGACACCAGCAAGCUCUGUAUGACCAGCAGUUUCACCAACAAGACCCCUGAUGAAACUGAUACAACCACUACCACGACUCCCACCCCAAUCCCUACCCCAACCCAGACCCCUACCCUGACCUCAAACCCAACCGCAACCCCAACCCGUACCCCAACUCAGACCCCAGCCCAAACCCCAACCCAGACCCCAAAUCUGACCUCAAACCCAGCCCCAACCCCAACCCGGACCCCAAUCCAGACCCCUACCCCAGCCCAAACCCCAACCCGGACCCCAACCCAGACCCCAAACCGGACCCCAACCCAGACCACAACUCCAGCCUCAACCCCAACCCGUACCCCAACCCCAGCUUCAACCCCAACCCGGACCCCAACCCAGACCUCAACCCCAGUUCCAGCUCCAACUGCAACUCCAGAGAAACCUGGGGAGUCCUCAGCCCUAAACAAGCAGAGCUCAGAAGUCCCCGUGAAAGAAGAGUCUGAUGUGGACCAGAACCAGAGUGACGAGGGCGACACUGAGGCAUCACCUACAAAAUCUCCAUCAACACCAAAAUCAGUCAAAAGCAAAAACUCUUCAGAAUUCCCACUCUUUAACUUCAACAAUGGAGUCGUGAUGACCUCAUGUCGUGAGCUGGACAAUAACCGCAGUGCUCUCUCAGCUUCCUCUGCCUUUGCCAUAGCCACGGCGGGAGCCAACGAGGGCACCCCAACCAAGGAGAAGUAUCAGUAUCGCAGGAUGUCCUUGGCCACCACAGGCCCUGCCAGUGCUGGCCUGCCAUCCUGGAGUCCCAUUCUCCCUCCCCAGUCCCCUUUGAUCCUUGGCCAAAUUCUACUCACAGCAAAGAACGCCAACCGAGAGAGCCCUCGGCACCCACUACCACAGCAACGGUUCCACACCAAAGCACUGCCAGGGUUUCCCCCUGACCAGAGAAAUGGCGACAAGGAGUUUGUGAUCCGCAGAGCUGCCACCAACCGUGUGCUGAAUGUGCUCCGCCACUGGGUCUCCAAACACUCUCAGGACUUUGAAAGCAACAGUAAGCUCAAAAGCAAGGUGAUCAGCUUCCUGGAAGAGGUCAUGCAUGAUCCAGAGCUGCUGACACAGGAGCGAAAGGCCGCAGCCAACAUCAUCAGGACUCUGACCCAGGAAGACCCAGGCGACAACCAGAUCACACUAGAAGAGAUCACACAGAUGGCAGAGGGCGUGAAAGCUGAGCCCUUCGAAAACCACUCAGCCCUGGAGAUAGCAGAGCAGCUGACCCUGCUGGAUCACCUCGUCUUCAAGAAAAUUCCUUAUGAGGAGUUCUUCGGACAGGGCUGGAUGAAGGUAGAGAAAAACGAAAGAACGCCUUAUAUCAUAAAAACCACCAAGCAUUUCAAUGACAUCAGUAACUUGAUUGCUUCAGAAAUUAUCCGAAAUGAGGAUAUCAAUGCAAGAGUGAGCACCAUUGAGAAGUGGGUAGCUGUGGCUGACAUAUGCCGCUGCCUGCACAACUACAAUGCCGUGCUGGAGAUCACCUCCUCCAUGAACCGCAGUGCAAUCUUCCGACUCAAAAAGACGUGGCUCAAAGUUUCUAAGCAGACGAAAGCUUUGAUUGACAAACUCCAAAAGCUUGUGUCAUCAGAGGGCAGAUUUAAGAACCUCAGAGAAGCCCUGAAAAAACAGAUGUUGAACCCAUCUGUGCUGUCCGGCCGUCUCUCCUCCGCCCGGGCUCCCAGGAGCCCCUGUGGACUGUGCUUGUCCGGAGCUGCCCCACUGUGCAUUCACCAACUGUCCGUCUGCCUCUGGGCGUUGCUCCAUCUGCCUCCUUCACACGGCUUCCUCAUCCACCGCAGCCACUACUGCUACCUAACUGUCUUCGUGGCUCCCAUUCUGUCUGAGUCCCUCUCCUGACUGUCUUCCCUUUCAGGUCAUCUGUAUGCCUGUGUAAGUGCCUCCCCUAGAACCCUCUGCUGCCUGUGGCACAGGGCAGAAGGCUUAGGGGCUUUCUGGGUACCAAGAUCUUUAUGUAAGGCAGAUCUGCCCUGUGAAGAUGGAGAACAAACCAUGUCCAAUGAUGCUGGGGAGUCUAUUUCAGCAGAAAAGGGCCAGAAAGCAGAAGAUAAUUGACAACAGUCUCUAGGCAGACUGAAAAAGUAAGACCCAGUCAGAGCCUUGCAGUGGCUCUCCUGUGAGGGUCUUCAGCCCGUUUCAGUUGUCCCUGGAAUCUUUUUCAGCCUGUUGUCACUGGGCUCUUAGUCUGAACUCUCCUCAGCUUUCGGAUCCUAGUGGUCUUCAUCAAAAGGACACAGGCAGGGUUCACAGGGCAGCGAAGAAGAUAGAGUUCAUCAUAGGGCUUAAGAUACAUGUUCAAGAGAUGAGAGUGAGCAGUAGCCAAAGGGAUCAGUGCAAUGACCUGCAUGGUUAGGUUGGCUUCGCACUUUCUAAAAGGUCUCUGGAACAGUUUCCUGAAAAGCAUUUUCCUGUCCAAGUGACUGACAAGUCCAUUUGGAUUAACUCUUAAGAAUGGAACAAAGCUGUACCAUUGUUUGAGAGCAAUCUUACUAGAUAGUUAUCUGUUGAUGAGCACUUAUUGAUGGCAGCUUAGAAUGUCAUAUCUUGGGCUGGGAACAUAACUCAGUUGGUAGAGUGCUUACUUUAACUUUCAAGAAGCACCGGGUUCGAUGCCCAACCCCACAUAAAGUCAGGUGUGAUGGUCAGAACAGCCAGGGCUAGGUAGAGAGACCCACUUUCAAAAAAGCAAAAACAACAAUAAAAAUCAGAUGUGACAGUACACACCUUUAACCCCAGCACCGGUGGGGGGAGCCAAAGGGGAUGGAGACAGGAGGCCUAGUUCAAGGUCUAUACUGAGUUUUCCUCCAGCAUGGCAGGAGUGUCAAGUAGCCUGAGUAACAGUUCCUCUAGCAUCUCUGUGCUGAGAGGAAGUUACAGAUCACUAUCUCAAGCGUCCCCUAAAGAUGCAGAAGGGAGGAUAAUGGUGGCUCACUCCAUCACCAACCCCUGCACCCUCCCAAGGCACCAGAAAAGCUGCUGUGGGACAGGCUACAAAUCCCUGCUCAGAGCCACACAUCGGAGGUCUGGUCCAUCACACCAGGGUCUCAUCUCUUGUAACCAUAGACCCUGAGAAUCACCCACCCUUCCCCAGAGGCACUUCCAGAAAGGUGGCCCCUAAACCUAGGUGGUAAGAGGACAGGUGUUAGAGAGGCUACACUGUGUGGCUGCUGGAACCUGGGUGGGGGUGGCCCAGCCUUCCCAGAAGUUCCUGAGCACGGAGAAACCGUGGGGAGGGGGAACUAGUGAUCUGGGAUGAGGCUGGGAACAGCUGGGGAGCUCCAUUGCGCAGACAUCAGAGAAGCAAAGAAAGGCAUUCUGGGUCACAGAAGGAGGAGACACAAGUAAGAUUCCCUUCCCCCAGCCCGUGUGAGGGUCCAGGCAGCUCCACACUCUCCCACCCUCCAGCCUGGCUAGCAGUCUAAGUCUGGAUGUGCCCUAUGAGUCUCCGUAACUAGAAAUCCCGUUGCCUCUAGACAGGCAGAAUUUGCAUGCAGGGUGUUCUGUUCUUAGCAGA